AAAUACAAACAACCUGAGCGCGCAAAUAAAUGCAACCAAGAGGCAGCAUAAGGAGAUUGCAGCGAAUCAAAGCGACAUUGAAAUCCCCGAUCUUCGGGAAAGAUUAAAGAGACAUAAGCAGACGGACGACAACCCAUUUGGCAUUCUAAGUGUACUUUCCCAAGUGGAUUUUGCAUCGACAUCUACUGCAGCAAAUGAAGACACCCAGGCCAACGAUGGCAAUAAAAACAACAACAACAACGACGCUGAAACCAAACCAAAAUGGUGUCCACCAAUUUUAAUUUUCAACGUUAACAUCAAGGCGCUUGGUAUGGUAUGGCUUCCCUUAAGGAGUCAAUUAAGGGAAACCAUACCUAAAUUCAAAUUCAAGCGGGGUCUCUCAGCUAGUACUGAAAUAAAGGAUAUAAAGGAAGAAUUGGAUGAAAUUGUCCCGAACACUGAGACAAAUGUUACAAUCUAUAAAACUCAAAGAAACAAUAAUACUGGCCUUUUCUUGGUAUCCUUAUUUCCUGAUAAGGGCCUGUCCGAUAUCUCUGGUAUUAGGGGCCUACAAAGUCAAAUAGUCUCCUGGGAAAAGCCGAGGAGAAAAGAUUCUGAAAUACAAUGCCGGCGCGGGGAACAUUGCAAAGAACUGUAAUUCGAAGUACAAGUGCAUCAAAUGCGAUAAGACUCACGAUCCUGGGGAGUGUCAACGCACUAAGGAGGAUUCGUCAGAUCCAUAUUGUACCAAUUGUGGUGAGGUGGGACACCCGGUGAACUGGCGGGGAUGUCCAGCGUAUCAGAAACAUGUUGCUGCCCGUCAGCAAAGAAUAGCCAAGGCAAUUGAGGAGAAAUCUCUUGCUAGGAACAAUGUCACUAGGGCGGUAGGCUUGUCUGCGAUAACUCCUGGCCACACAUUUCCAACCUUUUUAAUUCACGUCCUGCACAGAACACUGUUCAGCAACAGAGACCACCUGUCAUCGACCAAUUCUUGAAAUUAGCUUCUCUAUUUCUGGAACCUGAAGAGUUGACUCUGGAGCAAGAGAUCAACAUAUUUUUAUCUGAGUAUUCAAAUAUGCCGAAAACAGAGGCCAAAAUCGAAUUUUUGCGCCUAUUAAAUCGACCUUAAAAACUGACUGCAUCGGAAUAAAAUAGACUUUGGCUUCAUUCAGGAAUGUCACCUGAAAGGAAAUAGAAAAGCAAAAUUAGAUGGAUACAAUUUCAUUUAUAAUAACUGUUCAGUCGGCGUUGGUAUUGCUAUUAGAAAUACGAUACAAUAUAAUCGAAUAUUUUUGAAUGACGUCGGGAUAAUAACUGCGCUGGCACAAAUAGAGUUGGCAAAUGAUGACACCCGUGGUAGAUUUUUAAUUGGAUCAAUUUAUGUGCCUUGCAAUUACACUCCGCAAAGACUCGAGGCUGAUCUAAACAAGUUAUUGCAACUGUAUGGAAAUUGUUGUAGUUUUCAAUUCAAAUACUUAGUACUGUUUUUUUGUUUUACCAUAGUAGGCUUUGCAUUCUUAUGUUUGUUAUUACUAUGUUAAUGUUUUCAUCACAAUAGGCUUUGCAUUCUUUUUACUAUUAAGAAGUUUAUAUUUUCAUCAUA